AUGUUCGCCUACACGCCCAAUGCAGAGACACAGGCCGCGCUCGACGCUGCCGCCCAUGCCGCGUCUGCCUAUCCGAACACAGCGAGACCAAGCGUGGAAGAGAUGAAGCAGCAACUGCGUCGGCCUGAUCUGGACAAAGUCCUUCUGGCUUCCGACCGCGGUCCCUCCUCGCUCCGCGCCCACCUCGAUUUCGAGGGCGUCCUGCCCUUUGAGAACGCCGGCAGCCGGCCUGCGCCGGACCUCUACCUCUUCGACCGCGCUUCUGGCGAGCGUCGACUGGCGCCUCCUUGGCCCCGCAAGAGGGUCUCGAUGCCGUUUCCCGGCGCCCACAUCCUCUUCGACGCGGCGUUCUGCACCAUCCUCACCGACCUCGUCCGCCAGGCGCGCCGUCUCCGUGGCCGUGGUCGCCACGCCCUCCCCCGAGUCGAGGUACUGCCCAGCAAAGGCGCGGCCCCCGAUGCAGACGAGCUCCGCACCAUGUGGGGCGAGCCCGACAGGAUCAUCAAGAUCGCCUGGCCCACGCACACCACCUUCGUGCCCGUCGUCGUCAAGCUGCCGCAGGUCUGCACCGAGCAAUGCGCCAUGAGCAUCUACAGCCAACUGGGAAAGCCCGUACCCUUCUGGCGCCCGACGAGCAAGGACGUGGUGCAGGAGGACAUCCGCGUCCUCACGCUCGACGUCCAGAGGAUGAUCGUCACGUCGCGUCAGGACCGCGCCAUCAUCCAGACGCCCUUCUGGACCGCCUUUGUCGAAGUCGACUGGAACCACGGCCAGUGCGCCGUGCUCGAAGUCCUCCAGGUCGGCAUGGGCACCGACAAGGCCGAGGAAACGCUCCUCUACCGCCUCCUCGCCUUGAUCUUCGAUUCCAAGCGCUCGAAGCCAAAGGAUCCCACCGAGCGCAGGAUGCAGUCCAUCAUGCUCUGGCAGCAGCUGCUCAGGGAUGGCGAGGCGUAG